UUAAAGACACUGUAUUUCUGAGAGGUUGAGGUCCUCACGAUCGCAAAAUGGCACGCGGAUAGUAAGAAUUAUCAAGAAAUAUAAUAAAAAAUAUUCACGGCGAACGAUCGUACCGAAUAACGAUGGCGUCGGCUUAUAUUAAAGAUGAACAAGGAGGAACAUUCAUCCCUGCCAGUCAACGUCCAGAUGGCACAUGGCGUAAGCCACGCCGUGUAAAAGAUGGUUAUAUACCUCAAGAAGAAGUUCCACUAUAUGAAAGUAAAGGUAAACAGAUAAAAAAUAAACCCAUAUACCCAAUAGGUGCAAGUCCAGAAUUCAUAGCAGAGCACAAAGCUAAACAGGAAGCAUUACUAGCAACAAAGUCCAAAACUGUUCCUGGUGCUCAAGUUAAAACAGAAGUUAAAAAGAAGAAGAAAAAGAAUAAAAACAAAACAACUGAACGUAUAACAGAAGAACUGGCUAAAACCAAGCUCUUAGAAGCAGAACAAAAAAAAGAAUCCUUGUCACAUAAUAAUAAACAACCCAGUGGAAAGUCUGUAUUGAACAAUCAAACUCCAACAUCCAAACCAAAUGUUUUAACUCAGUCUGAAACUUUAAUAUCGGAUCCACAAAAGAGAAUAAAAAAUUUAAAGAAAAAACUUAGAGAAAUUGAAACACUGGAAGAAAAGAUAAAAAGUGGAUUGUUAAAAAAUCCAGAAAAAGAAAUACUCGAUAAGCUAGCGAGAAAAGCCGAAAUUUCGAAAGAAAUAAAACGAUUAGAAACAAGUCAAUAG